UACGGGUGCCGAGCAGGCUCUCACGGAAGUCCAUUCGCUAUUGGGAGGUCCGCAGUGGCUGCUCUGUGCCCUUGUUGCCGAGUGCCUCUUCUUCGGUCAUUCCUGGAGUAGGAGCCGGACUGGGGCUGACACCGGGGCUCCCCCCGGCCGCCUCGGCGCCUGUGUGACCUCCUCGCUGGCGGGAUGUGGCGACUACGCCGGGCUGCCGUGGCCUGUGAGGUCUGCCAGUCCUUAGUGAAACACAGCUCUGGAACAAAAGGAAGCUUACCACUACAAAAACUGCAUCUGGUUUCACGAAGUAUUUAUCAUUCGCAUCAUCCUAUCUUAAAGCUUCAAAGACCCCACUUCAGGACCUCAUUUCAGCAGUUCUCCUCCCUAACUAACCUUCCUUUACGUAAACUGAAACUUUCUCCAAUUAAAUAUGGCUACCAGCCCCACAGAAAUUUUUGGCCAGCGAGAUUAGCUGCAAGACUCUUAAAACUUCGGUAUCUCAUACUCGGAUCUGCUGUUGGGGGUGGCUAUACAGCCAAAAAGACUUUUGAUCAGUGGAAAGACAUGAUACCUGACCUUAGUGACUAUAAAUGGAUUGUGCCUGACAUUGUAUGGGAGAUUGAUGAGUAUAUCGAUUUGGAGAAAAUUAGAAAAGCCCUUCCUGAUUCAGAGGACCUUGCAAAAUUGGCACCUGACUUUGACAAGAUUGUUGAAAGCCUCAGCUUAUUGAAGGACUUUUUCACCACAGGUCACAAAUUGGUUAGUGAAGUCAUAGAAGCUUCUGACCCACUUCUCUUGUUAGGUUCACCUGGAGAAACGGCAUUUAGAGCGACAGAUCCCGGGUCUGAAAGUGACAAGCCUUAUAGAAAGGGUCUGCUUGGUGAGCUCAUUCUCUUACAACAGCAAAUUCAAGAGCAUGAAGAGGAAGCGCGCAGAGCCGCAGGCCAAUAUAGCACGAGCCAUGCCCAACAGAAGCGCAAGGUGUCAGACAAAGAGAAAAUAGACCAACUUCAAGAAGAGCUUCUGCAUACCCAGUUAAAGUACCAGAGAAUCUUGGAACGGCUAGAAAAGGAGAACAAAGAAUUGAGAAAAUUAGUAUUACAGAAAGAUGACAAAGGCAUCCAUCAUAGAAAGCUUAAGAAAUCUUUGAUUGACAUGUACUCUGAAGUUCUUGAUGUUCUGUCCGAUUAUGAUGCCAGUUAUAAUACACAAGAUCAUCUUCCAAGGGUUGUUGUGGUUGGAGAUCAAAGUGCUGGAAAAACUAGUGUGUUGGAAAUGAUUGCUCAAGCACGAAUAUUCCCUAGAGGGUCUGGGGAGAUGAUGACGCGUUCUCCGGUUAAGGUGACUCUCAGUGAAGGCCCUCACCACGUGGCCUUGUUUAAAGAUAGUUCUCGGGAGUUUGAUCUUACCAAAGAGGAAGAUCUUGCAGCAUUAAGACAUGAAAUAGAACUCCGAAUGAGAAAAAACGUGAAAGAAGGCUGUACUGUUAGCCCUGAGACCAUAUCCUUAAAUGUAAAGGGCCCUGGACUACAGAGGAUGGUGCUUGUUGACCUACCAGGUGUGAUUAAUACGGUGACAUCAGGCAUGGCUCCUGACACAAAAGAAACUAUUUUCAGUAUCAGCAAAGCUUAUAUGCAGAAUCCUAAUGCUAUCAUACUAUGUAUUCAAGAUGGAUCUGUGGAUGCUGAACGCAGCAUUGUUACCGACUUGGUCAGUCAAAUGGAUCCUCAUGGAAGAAGGACAAUAUUUGUUUUGACCAAAGUAGACCUGGCAGAGAAAAAUGUGGCUAGUCCUAGCAGGAUUCAGCAGAUAAUUGAAGGAAAACUCUUCCCAAUGAAAGCUCUAGGUUAUUUUGCUGUUGUAACAGGAAAAGGAAACAACUCUGAAAGCAUUGAAGCUAUAAGAGACUAUGAAGAAGAAUUUUUUCAGAAUUCAAAACUCCUAAAGACAAGCAUGCUAAAGGCACACCAAGUGACUACAAGAAAUCUCAGCCUUGCUGUUUCGGACUGCUUUUGGAAAAUGGUACGAGAGUCAGUUGAACAACAGGCCGACAGUUUCAAAGCAACACGUUUUAACCUUGAAACUGAGUGGAAGAAUAACUAUCCUCGCCUGCGAGAACUUGACCGGGACGAACUGUUUGAAAAAGCUAAAAAUGAAAUCCUCGAUGAAGUUAUCAGUCUGAGCCAGGUUACACCAAAACAUUGGGAGGAAAUCCUUCAGCAGUCUUUGUGGGAAAGAGUAUCAACUCAUGUGAUUGAGAACAUCUAUCUUCCAGCUGCACAGACCAUGAAUUCUGGAACUUUUAAUACGACAGUGGAUAUCAAGCUUAAACAGUGGACUGAUAAGCAGCUUCCUAAUAAAGCAGUCGAGGUUGCUUGGGAGACCCUACAAGAAGAAUUUUCCCGCUUCAUGACAGAACCGAAAGGAAAAGAGCAUGAUGACAUAUUUGAUAAACUUAAAGAGGCUGUUAAGGAAGAAACUAUUAAACGCCACAAGUGGAAUGAUUUUGCAGAGGACAGCUUGAGGGUUAUUCAGCACAAUGCUUUAGAAGAUCGGUCCAUAUCUGAUAAACAGCAAUGGGAUGCAGCUAUUUACUUUAUGGAAGAGGCUCUUCAGGCUCGUCUCAAGGAUACUGAAAAUGCAAUUGAAAAUAUGGUAGGUCCAGAUUGGAAAAAGAGGUGGUUAUACUGGAAGAAUCGAACCCAAGAACAGUGUGUUCACAAUGAAACCAAGAAUGAACUGGAGAAGAUGUUGAAAUGUAAUGAGGAGCACCCAGCUUAUCUUGCAAGUGAUGAGAUAACUACAGUCCGAAAGAACCUUGAAUCCCGAGGAGUAGAAGUAGACCCAAGCUUGAUCAAGGAUACUUGGCACCAAGUUUAUAGAAGACAUUUCUUAAAAACAGCUCUAAACCAUUGUAACCUUUGUCGAAGAGGCUUCUAUUACUACCAGAGGCAUUUUGUAGAUUCUGAGUUGGAAUGCAAUGAUGUUGUCCUGUUUUGGCGAAUACAGCGAAUGCUUGCUAUCACUGCAAAUACUUUAAGACAGCAACUUACAAACACUGAAGUCAGGCGACUAGAGAAAAAUGUUAAAGAGGUACUGGAAGAUUUUGCUGAAGAUAGUGAGAAGAAGGUGAAAUUGCUUACUGGUAAACGAGCUCAACUGGCUGAAGACCUCAAGAAAGUUAGAGAAAUUCAAGAAAAACUUGAUGCUUUUAUUGAAGCUCUUCAUCAGGAGAAAUAAAUUGUAAUAAACCUCCUACUCAUAAUAUAAUCACCUCUGCACACAUCUGAAGAAAGAAAACUCCAGAGCCUUUUGUCCUGCCUUUUUUUUCUUCUGCUAUUCCACCUUUCUAAACAUAAAAUAAAGUCAUGGAAUAAAAAUA